GUGGGAAUAAAGUAAUUUUUAUGGUUGAGAUUUUGUUUUCCUAAAAGUAAUAAAAGAAAGGGCGAGGAUCCAAAACUCCCGAUUAAACUUAAACACGAAGGGGGAGAGAGACGUACAACGACAGAGAGAGAGAUAUAUAUAUAAAUUGUAAAACCAAAUUUAUUUGAUCUCACAAUCAAAAACAAACCCUAUCUCACGUUUAAACACACACACACAACUCUUGAUUUUCGAGGAAGCCAUCGGAAAUCCAAAACGCAGUCAUAGAGAGAGGAAGGUUUUGUGAUUUUGAAUUCUGGGUUAGCAUAGCAAUCAUGAGAUUCAUGAAGGGGAGUAAAGUGGAGGUACUAAAGAAUAAACAGGUGCCUCCAGGAGAGUGGCAUUGUGCUAAGAUUAUCUCUGGUAAUGGCCACACUUACAGCGUUAUGUAUGAAGGUUCUCUAGAACUGAGAAGUGAGGCAGUUGUGGAGAGAGUGCCAAGGAAGGCUAUUAGGCCUUGCCCUCCUCCCGUGGAAAGUGUGGAAGGUUGGGCAGUUGGUGAUGUUGCAGAAGUGUUUGAUGCUGUUUCUUGGAGAAUGGCUAUGAUUUUGAAGGUUUUGGGUGGGAAUUGUCAUUUGGUUAGGCUAUUGGGAUCUUAUGAGAAGUUCAGAGUUCACAAAUCCAACAUCCGGGUGCGUCAAAUCUGGCAAGAUGACAAAUGGGUUGUGAUCAGAAAGGGUUCUCAGAAUUGUGAGCUUGUGAAGUUCAACAAGCCAUCUAGCUUGAACUGUCAUCAGAUGUCCCCUGAGUUUGCACAGCUUGAUACAAGGAGAAAGAUGCAGGCAGGAAAUACUUGUUUAGCUGCUCAAGACAAUACUUGUUUGCAGGAGUCUCAUAUUGUCUCAUGUAGAACAUUGAAGAGAGCAUCCCAUUAUUGCUCCUCUCAUACUGAAGCAUAUUCUGGAAAAAUGAGAGCAAUUGAGAAUGAGGGCGAGCAACAAAGAGUCAUUUCAGAGUCUCCAUCCCCCUUGCUGAAAAAGGUAGAUGCUGUAGCUUACCCACGAGUAAAUCUGGGUGAAAAAUACAUGCAUACUUCCUUUAACAAACAAACAACUGGAUUUUUUGAAUUGGAAAGGGUAAAUCAGAAUGGUUCUAUUUUGUGUUUUCAUGGAGGGAUUUCAGAACCUAUUCAGUGUGAUAGUGAUGCAUCUUCUGUUGGUAGUUGUAGUGUUGUUACUAAUAGUCCAAAUAGGUUAUCAGGUGAAAUUUUAGCAUGCCCUGCCCAAGAUGCCAAUACCCUUAGUAGUGAUGCUGAUUCCUAUUAUGAUUGCAGAGAUGAGGAAGGAAAAUAUUCCCUCUCUCCGAAAGAUAAUGUAGCAACAAGCACCCAUAGAUUAGAGUUGAAUGAUUAUCGCAGCACUCUAGAGGUUAUAUAUGCUUCUGGGCCCUUAAGUUGGGAACAAGAAGCUCAAUUGACAAAUCUUCGUGUUUCUCUCAACAUUUCAAAUGAUGAACAUUUGAUGGAGAUACGGAAUCUAAAAUCAGUUGGAUAUGGCCUUCAUCUUAGUUAACUUGUAAUCAAUGGAUUUUUGUUUUGGCGGGUCAAGGGAGGAUUAGAGUAGGAUAUUCGGUAGUUAUCUUUAAUGGCAUCACAUCAUUGUAAGAAGCAGGAGGAAUGGUUGCAUUUGUAGUAUUGGUCUCAGUGUUUCAACCUGGAAAUUAUGUACCAAAUAUUCUUAUACAGGAAUGAAUAUUUUCAGGCUCAUUGCAGUUUA